AUGAAGGCCUCCGUCGUCCUCGCUCUCACCGCUGCGCUGGCCGCAUACGCCUCCCCCAUUGCCCCCCAGGCACCACCGCCAGCUCCGGCUCCCGGGAACAACUUUGGCGCUCGUGACGCUCCUCCUCCCCCACCUCCUGCUCCUGAGCAGCCUCAGCCUCACAGGCGCGGCAACAGGCCAGCUCCUCCUCCCCCGGCUCCCCAGCCGGAGCAGCCUCGCAGGCGCGGCAAUAAGCCUGCUCCCCCCCCUCCUGCUCCUCAGCCGGAGCAGCCUCACAAGCGCGACAACAAGCCGGCUCCUCCUCCCCCGGCUCCUCAGCAGCCAGAGCAGCCUCACAGGCGCGCCAACAAGCCGGCUCCCCCUCCCCCGGCUCCCCAGCCAGAGCAGCCUCACAGGCGCGGCGACAAGCCGGCUCCCCCUCCUCCGGCUCCUCAGCCGCCUCACAAGCGCGAUGACAAGCCAGCUCCUCCUCCUCCCGCCCCUGAGCAGCCUGCUCCUGAGCAGCCGCACAAGCGCGACAACAAGCCGGCUCCUCCUCCUCCUGCUCCUCAGCAGCCCGCCCCUGAGCAGCCGCACAAGAGGGGUGACAAGCCAGCUCCUCCUCCUCCCGCCCCUGAGCAGCCCGCCCCUGAGCAGCCCGCCCCUGAGCAGCCUCACAAGCGCGACGACAAGCCGGCUCCUCCUCCUCCCGCCCCUCAGCAGCCUGCCCCUGAGCAGCCGCACAAGCGCGGUGACAAGCCGGCUCCUCCUCCUCCUGCUCCCCAGAAGCCUCAGCCUCGUGACAACGGAGCCAACCCGCCUCCCCCUCCUCCCCCCAAGCACCAGAACUAG